GGUACUUGAAGUACAGUCCACGUUGCGUUGUUGCGAAAACCGCGCGCGAUCACAAAAUGGCGCGUAAAUUCUUGUUGCGGGAAAUUCAAGAGCUAAAGGCGCUAAGGAGACUGUCUUGCAGUGCGAGUUUAAGGAGGAACGAGGAGUUCAUAUGGAAGUCCAGGCUAACUGAUAUGGUCAUACCUGAGGGAAGGUUUUUGGAUCAGCUGUGGAUUAAUUACAAUAAAUGGGAUUGUAAUCAUGUUGCCCUGACAUGCGCAGAAACAAAAAAAACAUAUACGUACAAGGAGUUAAGAAAAAAUAUUGACAUAUUUGCAACAUCUUUGCGGAAGAAACUUGGCUUACAAGAGAAAGAUGUCAUUUGUUUAUUUUUGCCCAACUCUCCAGAAUUUUGCUUAGCAGCAUUGGGCAUCUUGAGAGCUGGCUGCAUAGCUACUACUAUGAACCCUAUUUACAAAGAGUUGGAGAUAAGCCACCAAGUAAGCAUAACAGAACCAAAAGUCGUAAUAACGGUACCAGAAUGCUACGAAAAUCUUAAAAAAGGCCUCGCAAACGCUAAAAGACAAACUAAGAUUGUUAUUCUUGAUAGAACAGAUAAGCCCGUUCCAGAAGGUACCAUACGAUUUUCAGAGAUUGCUGAAAAUGGAGAAGUAGAUACAGCUGUAUUAGAUAAAGUUGAUGUGAAAAAAGAUGAUGUUGCAUUUAUUCCAUUCUCAAGCGGUACGACUGGUUUGCCAAAAGGUGUUGAAAUAACUCAUGGAAAUCUAAUAGCAUCUAACGAAAUGAUGUGCCAAAAGGAGAAUGACUUUGCUUAUAUGGCGGAUGGAUCAUAUCAGGACGUAGUGCCUUGUAUUCUGCCAUUUUUCCACAUUUAUGGCCUGAUGGUAACAUUAUUCGGGCACAUAUCUAAAGGAUGCAAGCUCAUUACAAUGUCAAGGUUCUCGCCGAUCACAUAUUUUGAUGUUCUGGAAAAUGAAAAACCCAAUUUACUGUACGUCGUACCUCCCAUUGUAAUUUUACUUGGCAAGCAUCCCGAUGUAAAGCAGGAGUAUUUCAAGAACCUCCGACAUAUUGUUUGCGGUGCAGCACCGCUUUCAUCAUCCGAUGUAAAUGCUGUUCUUGAAAAGAGUAAGACUAAUUUAGAGUUCAACCAAGGUUUUGGCGCCACUGAAACCAGUUCGUUGGCCACGAGCACGUUUGUGGGAACGAAGGUUCUGGACUACUCGGCGUGCGGGGAACCGAUGGCCAACGUUCAGCUGAAGUUCAUCGACCCUGUCACCGGUCAUGAUCUGCCCCUUGGAGAACAAGGGGAACUGUUGGUCAAAUCACCAACAGUUAUGAAAGGGUAUCACAAGAACGAGACAGCGACGCAGGAGUGUAUGACUGAAGAUGGGUUCUUCAAGACUGGUGACUUAGGAUACUAUAAGCCUGGUCAGGGACUCUUUGUGACUGAUAGAAUUAAGGAACUAAUCAAGGUUAAGGGUAUGCAAGUUGCUCCAGCGGAAUUAGAAAGUUUGCUUCGUUCCCAUCCUGCCGUGCAAGACGCAGCUGUCAUAGGAGUGCCUCAUCCGUUCUACGGCGAGGUACCGAAGGCCUUCAUCAUAAAGAAGAACGGCCUCAAUACGUCCCCUGAGGAAAUCCAGAACUAUGUCGCCGAUCAGGUCGCUCCAUUCAAGAAGAUAGAUGAAGUUAUAUUUGUGAAUGACAUUCCAAAAACCAACACCGGAAAGAUUCUGAGAAAAGACUUAAAGAAAAUAUAUGCAUGAGACUUUGACUGCAGAGAUAUAAUAUUUAUUUUUACGCGCUUUACACAAGCUUGACUAAAUAUGAAAUCGAAUCUUUCUAUGCAAUUUUAACCACUCCCAGACGCUUCAUUAACAUCACACAAUAUAACUUGUGUCAAGUAAUCCCUACUAAUAUUAUAAAUGUGAAUGUAAGUUUGUUUGUUACGCUUUCUCGCCUUAACCACAUAACUGAUUUUGAUGAGAUUUUGUACAGAAGAGCUUGGGUAAGGCUAUCUUUUAUCGCGAAUAAUAGGGCGGGGUGGAAAUUUGUAUGUAAGUUCGUCAUUAUCGAAUAUCCAACAAGAACACCAUGAAACUUUGUAUUAAGGCACUUGAUUAGAAAUCGAUUUUGAUGAAGUUUAGUACAGAGAUAGACAAGAGCUUGGGAAAGGACAUUGGCUAUCUUUUAUCGCGAAAAAAAGGCUUGGCGGGAUUGAAAUAUGGUAUGGAAGUUUGUAUAAAAGUUCGUCAUCAUCGAAGAUAACACCAUGAAACUUUGUAUUAAGGCACUUAAUAAGAAAUAAAUAAAUAUUAAUUGUUCUAGCACUCUUAAAAUUUAGACCUGGGGAUGAAAAUUCUAUAGUUGGUAGCUAAUAAAAAUGUAUAUUAACCACAGCAGUUUAUUGUGUAUUAUUUGCAAUUACACGCGCACGGAGUCGCGGGUAAAAGCUAGUACAUAAUAUCAUAACACUUUGAAUUGAAUUGAACUGUAUGUUUUUUAUUGCAUGAAAAAUUAUUAACUGUUUACCAAUACUAUUUAACAUGACAUAGUUUGGUUAGUUUUAUAAAAGAAAUUUUAAUUAAUUAUGUAAUAUAAUAUGUAAUUAAUAAUUGUAAUUGUAAAUUUGUAUUAUUUUGGUAACAUAUUAAAAAUGCUCCUAAUUCUGAAUUAAUACUAUGGCGAUCUUGUGUGAGAGUGGUAACGUAGCUCCACUCGAUUUCUCAAGGCCGUUGGCUCGGUCCCCAGCCUUAAACCUUAAAACCUUUAUGAAAAACAUUCGGUGUUCGAUAACUAUUAUAUGACAGAUGUAAUAUACUACAUUUUGUAUAUAUGUUUUAAUAAGUAUAGGUGUUAUUUGUUAAGAAUGAUAUAAAUUUUGUACAAAUAUAUUAUGUGUAUUGUU